AAACAAACAUCUCGUUAGUUCAAAAUAUGCUAUACUUGUUUAAGUUUUGAUUUUCUGAUUUCUGUCGUUGGCUCUCUGUCUCACUGCAAAGUGCAGAGUGCAAAGUGGAAGGAAAGCUGCAUUUAGUUGUCAAGUUGAAGGUCGUUGUGGUUUGCCCACGGGGGAAAUCUACAUACAAUCCAGUGAAAUCCCGUAUUGUCUUAUUAUGGGGCGGAGUGGCUUUGAGGGACGUCUGAAAGCAAGAUGAUUGAUCAAUUCAUAAAUUUUGUGAUUCGCCCUCCCAGGGCAGACUAUAACCCAGAUCAGUACCUAUGGGAAAGGGAUUUCACUCUUGCAGGCAGAGCAUACAGACGACAAGACUUGGAGCUUAGGAAUGCUAGAGGCCAUACCUUGCAGUGUAGUCAUUAUCUUCCUUCACCUUUCCCAGAGGAUUCUUCUCUACCUUGUGUUGUAUACUGCCAUGGAAACAGUGGAUGUAGGGCAGAUGCAAAUGAAGCCGCUGUAAUUCUUCUUCCAUCAAAUAUCACUGUUUUCACUCUUGAUUUUUCGGGUUCAGGCUUAUCUGAUGGUGACUAUGUCAGCCUUGGUUGGCAUGAGAGAGAUGACCUCAAGAUCGUGGUUUCAUAUCUAAGAAGCAACAAACAAAUCUCGCGUAUAGGUCUAUGGGGGCGAUCUAUGGGAGCAGUCACUUGCCUUCUUUAUGGAGCAGAAGACCCUUCCAUUGCUGGAAUGGUGUUGGAUAGUGCCUUUUCAAACUUGUAUGUUCUAAUGAUGGAGCUAGUGGAUGUGUACAAGAUCCGGCUUCCUAAAUUCACUGUUAAGAUGGCAGUACAAUACAUGCGUCGGAUAAUUGAGAAGAAGGCAAAGUUUGAUAUCAUGGAUCUUAAUUGCUUACAGGUUGCAUCCAAAACAUUCAUUCCUGCUUUAUUUGGACAUGCCAAGGACGACAAGUUCAUCCAAACCAGCCAUUCUGAUCUCAUCUACAAGUCCUAUGCAGGGGACAAAAAUAUUAUAUUUUUUGAUGGUGAUCACAAUUCCUCUCGGCCACAGUUUUAUUAUGAUUCAGUUUCAAUUUUCUUUUACAAUGUUCUUCAUCCCCCGCAAAUAUCUUCUUCUCAUUCAUGUAAGCCUGAGAAAUAUUAUGAUCUAGAGGAUUUGAAGGUUGGCGCUGGUUUGGAUGAGGGCCUGUUACGUAAGAUAAUCAGUGGUGUUCAUUCUGCUGGUACUGAUGCUGCAAGUUCUUCUUAUGCUCCUGCAGCCAUUGCAACCGAAAAAUCUGUGGGAGACCUUCUCUCUGAAAUCGCACCAAUGGCUACUAUAGUUGACUCUGCGCAUGAUGAAGAUGGCACACUUAAUUGUCACGAUACAUCAAAUGUACAGGAUCGGCCAAAUGGUCAGAAUGAAGAAUGCUGUUCAUAUACAAGCUCAAAUAGAGAGAGUUGGGGAAGAUGCUCUUCACUAGAAGGCAGUGAUGAAGAAUCUUCUGAUUGCACAGCUGUUGACAAUAGUCAUCAGGUGUAUGCAGCAUCCCUUCAAUGUGAGCGACAAAAAUCACCGGACCUGAAGAAAGAGGUGAAGAAAAAGGAGAAAGUUCCAAUUGCUCCAAAGCCCAAAAGUGAGAAAUUUGAAAAGUUAGAGGCCCUUGGCAAAAGAUUGCGUCUUUGCAUCCUGAAGCGAGUAAACCAUAGGAGGCACCACACAUGAUGACUUCCCCAUACAAGGUGUUUGUAACUAGGAUGUAUGAUUGUUCCAUCUUCAAAUAUUACUUUCUGCAUCAGCAGUUCGUUUUCCCUUUCCUUAUUUAAAAUGAUUAGUCUUAUUCUAAUUACGGUGUCACUUUGGCAUCAAAUGAGGUUUCGUGAUCUACAUUGUUCAUGAGAAACUCACAUUUGUGCAUUUUAAAAGUCGCCAAGUGAAAACCACAGUUCAGGUGAAGUUGUGGGUCUAGAAUGGGCACGACUUUAAUAGGCUUUCUUUGUUUAGGGAGCUGGGUCCUCAUUUUGUUCA